AUGACUCAAACAGAAAACACCGGUGUUCCACUGGGUAAUAUACCCGGUCCACUCCUCUUUCUUAUGUAUAUCAAUGUCCUGCCCAAUGGCCUGCCCAAUGUUCUGUACAAUGUCCUGUACAAUGUCCUGCUCAAUGUUCUGUACAAUGUUCUGUACAAUGUCCUGUACAAUGCCCUGCCCAAUGGCCUACCCAAUGCCCUGCCCAAUGUCCUGCCCAAUGUCCUGCCCAAUGCCCUGCCCAAUGUCCUGCCCAAUGCCCUGCCCAAUGUCCUGCCCAAUGUCCUGUACAAUGCCCUGCCCAAUGGCCUACCCAAUGCCCUGCCCAAUGUCCUGCCCAAUGCCCUGCCCAAUGUCCUGCCCAAUGCCCUGCCCAAUGUCCUGCCCAAUGUCCUGCCCAAUGCCCUGCCCAAUGUCCUGCCCAAUGCCCUGCCCAAUGUCCUGCCCAAUGCCCUGCCCAAUGUCCUGCCCAAUGCCCUGCUCAAUGUCCUGCCCAAUGCCCUGCCCAAUGUCCUGCCCAAUGCCCUGCCCAAUGGCCUACCCAAUGCCCUGCCAAACGCCACGUAA